AUGCCGCCAUCGUUGCGCACCCGUACGCGCCCAUGGGCGGAUCAUACGACGAUCCUAUCGUUGACUCUGUCGCGGAAGCACUCCUUCGCGCCGGCUAUCUCGUGGGCACGUUCAAUUUCCGGUGAGCUCCCAACCCCUCCGAGAGUCUCCUUCCGUUACCGUCCCACCCUUGGCCCAUGCUCAUGUUCGGUGCUGCGCAGAGGUGCCGGCCACUCGGCAGGCCGGACAUCGUGGACGGCCAAGGCCGAGCGAAACGACUACAUGUCCUUCAUCGGCUUCAUGGUGCACUACAUCCACUUCCUCGACCCCUACCGACCCGCACCCGACGCAUCCUCCCCCCCGACAAGCUCGCCAGCGCCCGACCUCAGCUCGCGGGACGAACGCGACCAGCCCAUCCUGCUGGCGGCCGGCUACUCGUACGGCGCCAUGGUGACCUCGCAGCUGCCGCCGCUGUCGCAGAUCCUGUCACGCUUUGCCGCGCCCCCGGCCAUCUCGGCCGCCGCCGACAUUCGGCUGCGCGCCGAGCACCUGGCGGCGCAGCAGAACAGCUUCCUCGCCGAGGCGCGGGCGUCGCGCAACGGCCAUGACGCCGACGCGGCGCGGCGCUGCGCGGUCGGCGGCGACGAGGGCGACCAGCGACGCAGCGGCGAGGCACCACCGGCGGCGCGGGCGCCGUCGGCGUCGCCGGCGGGGGACGUCAACUGGAUCGAAGACGCCGGGGAGGCGGCCGAGGCCAAGCUCGCGACGUGCCCGACGCUCGCCGUGUUCGGAGACCGAGACGGCUUCGUCGCCAUCGGCAAGCUGCGGGCGUGGGGCGCGAGGCUCGAGGCGAGGCCGGGGUCGAAGUUUCGCGGCGUCGAGGUCACGGGGGCGGGGCACACUUGGCAGGAGGAAGGCACGCUGUCUGCGCUGGUCGGGGCGGUGGACGAGUUUGCGCGGGGGCUGCUGAAGGCGGCAUAA